AUGGUAAAUUUUUUUCAGAUUUUAAUUCAUAAUAAUAAAUCAUCAUUAUCUCAAUUAUCUUAUAUAUGGAUGUCAUUUGGAGCACUGAUGUUUUUCUCAUCGUUUCUUUUUCUCGAUUGGAAAUUUCCAAUAUUAAAUCUUGGAUAUACAUUCGAUACAAAAUUAGAACAAACUAAAACGACACCAGUAGAUGAAGUGCAGAUUAAAACAAAAUGGUAUGAAAAAAUUUAUCGACGUAUUGGACUUUGGGAACAUUUAACAAAUCCUUUAUAUAUUUUGGUGGUUCUUUACUUAAGCUUUUUAUUAAUGCCAAAUAUUCUUUUAUCAGUCACUUGGUAUCCAUGGGUUUAUUAUAUCAAUCAUAAUGAUAAAACAAUAAGUGAUAAGUAUACAUUUGCAUUCAAUAUGGCAUCAUUAUCUCAUAUUGCUCUUUGUCCGAUUGUUGGUUUUCUUCUUUCAUUUCGGGCAAGUCGAAGUACUUUUCCAUCUGCAUAUAUUGGUCGAUUGAUUGGUGUUAUGUGGACAGCAGCAGGAGCGAUCACUUGCAUGCAAUAUGGACUCACUCACUUAACAACAGAUGUACCUGAAUCGUGGAGAGCAUGGGUCAUCGUUUUGGCAUUAAUUGUAUUGAUGUCAUGUCAUUUGGUUCAAAUAUGGUAUAUUACUAUUAAAAAAUUUCGAGAACAUCCACCCAAAGUCAAUGAAGUUCAAGCUGAUGCUAUGAUUACUUGGUUUUAG